AUGGUAACUCUGCAGGUGGAGCUGCCUGAAAUUGGGGAAGUUUUCCUCUCAUUUGUGUAUGCAGAUUGUGACAGAAGGAUUAGACAAGUAGUGUGGAAUCAAAUUGAAAAUAUGGCAAGGGGGGUGGUGGGAAAGGGUCUUUGGGCAGUCUUGGGGGAUUUUAACUGCAUCUUGAAGGGUGAAGAGAAGCAAGGGGGUCUGCCUUACCAGAUAGCUAAGAAUAGGGAAUUUCAGCACAGUGUGGACAAUGCAAGUUUGAGGGAGGUAUCAUACUAUGGUAAUCCCUUUACUUGGUGGAAUGGGAUAGAGGGUAGUCAGGCAAUUUGGAAGAGAUUGGAUAGAGCCUUGGUGAGUGAAAAAUGGGAGGGAUCUUUGAAAACUUAUGUACAACAUUUAUCCAAGGUGACAUCAGACCAUGCCCCUUUAGUUAUGGACCUGGAAACUCAGGUAUUUUCAAGCAGAAGGCCCUUUACUUUUAUCAAUGCCUGGACUGAGCAUGAGCAAUUUCUGACAAUAGUUCAACAGACUUGGGAAGGAAGGGUGGAGGGGAAUGCUAUGUAUAGGUUUGUCUCAAAACUUAAAAGGGUCAAAUCUGCCCUGAUUGAAUGGAAUUGGACUGUGUUUGGAAACAUUUUUGAUAAGGUUAAGGAGUUAGAAGAGAAAGUAAGGGUUGUGGAAGAUGCUCUACAGAAUAAUCCAACACAGGAAAAUCUGAUGGAAUAUAAAUUAGCUCAGGCUAAGUUGCAGAAGCAGGUGGUGAUAGAGGAGAAAUUUUGGCAGCAGAAAGCUCAUGUUCAGUGGGUGGUAGAUGGGGAAAGAAACACAAAAUACUUUCAGGGCUUGGUGAGGGAAAAAAGGAGAAAGCAAAUAAUUCAUAGAAUAAAAAAUGAAGAGGGAGUUUGGGUGGAUGAUCAGGAACAAAUAAGGGAGCUGGAUGUGAGGUUCUUUGAAAAAUUGUACACUGCUAAGGCAGUUUCCUCUGACCAAAGUGUGCUUAAUUGUUUGCAGGUGCUGGUGACUCCUGAGGAAAAUCAAAGGCUGAUUGGAGCACCCUCUGAGGAAGAAAUCAAAAGCUGUGUUUUUAGCUUGGGGGCAAACAGUGCCCCAGGCCCUGAUGGUUUUGGAGGGGGGUUCUACCAAUCAUGCUGGGAUAUAAUCAAGGAAGACCUGAUUGUAAUGGUAAUAAGUUUCUUUGAGGGGAAGAGUCUAACAAAAGCAAUAACUAGCACAUCAAUUGUGCUAAUUCCAAAGACUCCUAACCCCUCAAGUUUCAGUGAUUUUAGGCCCAUAAGCCUGAGUAAUUUUUGUAGCAAGGUGAUAACCAAGGUCAUGGUGGUUAGGUUGGCAGAUAUCCUCACUAGGAUUAUAUCACCUAACCAGGCAGGUUUUAUGAAGGGAAGAAGUAUCAUUGAUAAUGUGCUUCUGGCCCAAGAAAUCUGUCAUGGCAUGAAAACUUAUAGUGAGGAUAUUAUUUUAAAAUUGGACAUGACUAAGGCAUAUGAUAGAUUGGAUUGGGGGUGUAUAUCUUCUGUGUUGAAAGGUGUUGGGUUUUUGUGA